AUGUACUACUCAACACAAAAUAGCUAUUAUUACUACCAUUAUUUGUUAUUUUUUAUGUUGACAGGUGAGCCAAAGUCUUUUGUUAUAUUUCAUCUUGUUAGCCAGUUUUUAUUCUUUUAUUUUUUGACGUCUUGGUUUCAUAAUGAUGAUUCUUUACAAAAAUACUGGCAAAAAACAUGGAACACAAAACAAUUAAGUAGUCUGAGCACUUGAACAAAAGGUCCUCCGGAAGUUAUAAAUGAAACAACUAGAGAAAAAUAAAAAUGGAACAAAAACGACCUAAAAAUAUUUCUUUUUUAGUGAAAGUUGCGUCACUUCCAACGCAGAUUAGACUUGUUCACGAUCUCCUGGAUCAUUAUGACAAAAAAGCAAAGCCAAUUUGGGAUAACUCGCAAGCAAUCAAUGUUUCAUUUUCAAUGGACUUGUAUCAAAUUCUGGAACUCAAUGAACCGCAACAAUACAUUUUAUUGAACGCUUGGAUUAUUGAGGUAACAAAAUAACCAACCAACCAAAAGAACGGAAAGAAUUUGAUUGAGUGUUGUGUGUUCGAUGAGGCUAUUAAUAAACUUUCUUAUUUUUGCAGCGUUGGUAUGAUGAAUUCUUGUAUUGGAACCCGGUUGAUUAUGAAAAUAUCACGGAACUUCGUUUACCUUAUGAUUCGAUUUGGCUUCCUGACACAACUCUUUACAACUCGUAAGUUCAUCUUUGUCUUUUGUUAAUUAUCUUUUGUGCUCUCAAAAACCAAGUAACUAAUUUUUCUUGCAAAGGUUGGUGAUGAAAGAUGACGAUACCCGUCGUUUACUGAAUGCAAAACUAACAACGGAUGAAGGAAAGAAUGCAGCACUUGUAGAACUACUUUAUCCAACUAUUUACAAAUUCUCAUGCUUGUUGGAUCUCAAAUAUUUUCCAUUUGAUGUGCAGGUAGAGAAACGCGUAAACAAUAAUAAGUCUAUUGAAUUCUAUUAGGUUUGCACAAUGACAUUUUCUUCGUGGACAUAUGACCAGAAAGGAAUUGACUAUUUUCCAUAUAACGAGAAAAUUGGAACUAGCAACUAUUUGGAAAAUGAAGGAUGGUAUAUUUUGAAAACCAAAGUUCAUCGGAAUGAAGUCAAAUAUUCAUGUUGUCCAAAUAAAUACACACUUCUAGAACUCACUUUAUUCUUGAGGUAUUUCACAAGUUUCGCACAAAAAAUUCAUUUCAUUUUUUUUCACAGGAGAAAACCUCUUUUCUAUGUUGUAAAUCUCAUCAUUCCAACCUCAAUUAUCACUUUGAUUGCUAUUGUCGGAUUUUUCACGUGAGUUCAAAAUCAAACAUCUGAUGUGAAAAUUUAUGAACAUUUUCCAGAACUUCUUCUGCUUCUGGUAUGAGAGAAGAGAAAGUAUCACUUGGUAUUACUACACUUCUCUCGAUGUCCAUUUUGAUGUUAAUGGUUUCGGAUCAAAUGCCAACAACUUCUACUUUUAUUCCACUUAUUGGAUGGUUUAUCUUGGCUAUGAUUAUUGUUAUCUCGCUAGGUACUGUAGUUUCAUCAGUGAUUAUUGCCAUUCAGAAAAGAGGAAGUUUAGGAGAACGAAUGUCGAAGAGUGCCUUGAGGUAAUUAUUUUUUGAUGUUGCUCAUAAUAUAAUGAAUUUUAGAUUUGCAAAAAUGCUGGCUUGGUUUACUUGUACUUCUUUACCACCACAUGUUGAGAAAGAACAUAUGAUGGAAGCCUUUGACGCACCAACACCUACCAUCGAAAUUCGUCCACUUCAACUCAGUGUUCGUGAAUCUGUUCGAAACAAAUGGAUAUCUGGUGCAAAACGUGCUACCCAACGAUCUCAAGCUGGUGGCCUUGCACUUGUUUCCGAUAAAAGUUCUGAUCCUCUCAUUCAUCUUUCACCAAACGAAGAGCCUUCUGGCACUCCAGUACCAGCUCCUUCCCCACUUCCACCUCCAACCCCUGCAGACGAUGUUGUUUCAUUGGCAUCCGAAAUGUCUACCAAAUUAUUGUCAGGAAGAAUUCGCCCCAAACCAAUCGAGAAAAAUACCUUCGCUCAAAUGCAAAGUAUGUUUUCAAAAAAUUGUAUUUUUGGGAGGGGUUUACAAAUUUUUGUGUAAUUUUUUUUGUGCAGAACGAGUAUCAAAGACGCCAGGUAUAGUUUUUCAUGCUGAUUCAUGUGUGACAUUGACUUUAACAAUCUAUACGCUAUUUUUGAGUUUCUUUCCUUUUCAGAUGAUUCAUACUAUCGCUUAGUUUUCGUUGAGUGGAAAAUCUCAAGAAUAAUUUGAUUCUGUUUAAAUGACUAUAAUUAUUUUUUUUGAGAAACAGUGAAGAAACUCCAAUAUUUUCAGCAUCAAUCAAAGCAAAUCGUCAGCUUGCAGUCGCUGAAUUUGAAUGGUUUGCCACAGUCGUUGAAAGAACUUGCUUCUCUAUAUUUGUUAUCGCAUUUUUCAUCAUCACAUUUGGUAUCAAUUUUAUUGGAUACGUUCAUUGGCGUCAAGCCGAAUUUGAUUAUCGCUAA